UUCCAGUGCAUGGAAGCAAUUCAGUGCUGUCCCAUUUAAGAAAAGCUAAACAUUAAAAAAUGAUAAUUUCUAUUAGUUAAAGUUGCUAGAAGUGAGCUGUUGUAUUUUUAAUAACAUACAUAAUUUAAAAUUGUUUUAUAAGUGUAAGUGAUUAUAAAUAAAUAAGAAAUAUCUAUCAUAUUGUUUUGUUGUUUCAUGUAAUGAAUAUGCCCCAAACAAGAAUUUACUGUAUUUUGAUUUCGGUGAUCGUGUGUCGUGUGUCAUCGUUUUUGGAAGACAUAAGAAGUCAUUUAAUUUUUGUAUACAAAGAGAACUAUGCGUGAAUUAUUAACAAUACAAAUUUGUAAAAUAUUGAGAAUAAAUCUACAAAACUAAAUUAAUAGUGUUAAAGGUAAUAAAUAAACUCGUAAAAUAUAUAAGAAACGUGCAAUGUGAGAUUACUCGAGAAAAAAUCCAUUUUUGUUGGUGCUCGUUUGUGCAUAUUGGCAUAAAUUGUGAAGUAAGCAAAAGUUUUAGAGGAGAAAAUGUGAUAUUGAGCAAUCUAAAAAAAAGUUUAUGAAGCCAAGCAACUGCACCGAGGUCACAAAAUUGUUGACCCCAGCAAAAGUUGCGAACCUUUUAUAAAUUAAAUAAGAAAAAAAUUAAAACCAAUUUGAUGCGAAGAGUGCUGUUGAAAAUCAUUUUGUUUCUCUUUCUUAUCAUAUUACUUCCUCAUUCCAUUCGGAGUUAUAUGAUAUGUGUGUGCGCAAGUGAGGAAACUAUACUGGUAUCAGGUAGCGUUAAUUAAAUUGGAAAGUUGGAAGGCUGUUGCCAUAUGUUUUUGUGUACACCACAAAGAAGGAAAAUCAAUCUUUUUCUGCAAAAAUAAAACAGUUUUUAAAUGUGUAAUAACUUGUAGAGCUAAUGAAUAUAAUAAAUUAUUAAUAUACAUUAAUUCGCUACUAAUAUUUCAAGCCCAUCUUAAAAAUAAUGAGAUUUUCCAUCAUAAAUUCAUUAAAAAUAAAGCGUAAUAAAGCCCCAAAAAGACAAGUGCACGAGCAACAACCAGCAACGUUAACGUCCCAAACUGCGACUUCUCCACGCAACGCUUCUUGCGCAUUUGCACCCGUAGCCAAGAAAAUGCAGCGUCCCAAUGCGGUAGUGAAGCCAACAAGUCUCGAUGAUAUAUGGAAUGAAUUGGAAGAUGGUAUUAAGCAAGUGUUUCAACCAGAAAAGUCGAAUCUAUCGACUGAUCGUUAUAUGCACCUGUACACAUUUGUUUAUAACUAUUGUACAAGCGUGAAUACUGUGCAGCGUUCCAUGGUCCGUGCAGGUGGCGCACAACUCGUUGGCAAAAAAUUAUAUGACCGUCUAAAGGAGUUCCUUAAAAAUUAUUUAACUAGAUUACAGAAAGCCUUUGAAUACAUUCAGGGUGAAGAAAUUAGGCUGACGCACUACACCAAGCAGUGGGAAUCAUAUCAAUUCUCAAGUAAAGUGCUCAACGGUAUUUGCAGUUAUUUAAAUCGACACUGGGUGAAGCGAGAAUGCGAGGAGGGUCAAAAAGGUAUAUAUGACGUAUAUCGGCUUGCAUUGGUUACGUGGAAAGAAAAUUUAUUUGAAAAUCUUAAUGAAUCCGUUACAAAUGCAGUAUUACGUUCCAUUGAAGAAGAACGUAAUUCUCAAACUAUAAAUCGCCACCUCAUCAAGAGUGUCAUAAAUUCUUAUGUGGAAUUAGGCUUUAAUGAAGAAGAUACAGAUUCGGAUAAUUCCAAGAAAUUAUCUGUUUAUAGAGAACACUUUGAGAAUAAAUUCAUACUAAAAACUGCUGAGUUUUAUAAAAAGGAAUCGGAAGUGUAUCUGAAUAACUCUUCAGUAUCUGAUUAUUUAAAGCACGUUGAAGAUCGCCUCGACGAAGAAAGCAAACGAGUGAAUCGUGACGAGUUUUCAUAUUUACAUGAGAGUACACAUAAUAUAUUGAUCAAGACGUGUGAACAGGCUUUGAUUGAGAAGCAUUUAGUUAGGUUGCGCGCUGAAUUUCAGAAAUUUCUUAACGAUGAUAAGAAUGAUGACUUGAAACGCAUGUACAGUUUAGUAGCACGUAAUCCCGAAAAUUUAACCGAUCUAAAACUAUUACUUGGCGAGCACAUAUUAGAACAAGGUACUGAGGCCAUAAAGAAAGCCGGCGCCGAAGCAGCAAACGAUCCGAAGUUGUAUGUCCAAACCAUAUUAGAAGUACAUAAGAAAUACCAUGGUCUCGUAGUGAUGGCCUUCAACAAUGAUAAUGGUUUUGUGGCUGCACUGGACAAGGCAUGUGAGAAAUUUAUCAAUUUAAAUGAAGUGACACAGGUGAAUAGCGCCAAUAAAUCGCCGGAAUUGCUUGCCAAAUACUGCGAUUUAUUGCUGAAGAAAUCUUCAAAGAAUCCCGAAGAUAAAGAGCUCGAGGACAAUUUGAAUCAAGUUAUGGUUGUUUUCAAAUAUAUUGAAGACAAGGACGUUUUCCAAAAGUUCUACUCAAAAAUGCUUGCCAAACGUUUAGUGUAUCACACAUCGGCUUCAGAUGAUGCGGAGGCGAUAAUGAUUUCGAAAUUGAAACAAACAUGUGGUUACGAAUACACAAUCAAAUUGCAACGCAUGUUCCAAGAUAUUGGUCUCUCCAAGGAUUUGAAUGCCAGCUUCAAGCAGCAUUUGGUGAAUGCAAGAAUACCACAAGAAAUUGAUUUCAGCAUUGAAGUAUUGUCAUCCGGUUCAUGGCCAUUUAAUCAGAGUACCACAUUUUUGUUGCCCUCCGAAUUGGAACGUUCCGUACAGCAGUUCAAUGAAUUCUAUGCAAAUCGGCAUUCUGGUCGCAAACUGAAUUGGUUAUAUAAUCUGUGCAAAGGUGAUUUGGUGACCAAUUGUUUCCGCAAUCGGUAUACAUUGCAAGCAAGCACGUUUCAAAUGGCUGUACUGCUGCAGUUCAACGAUCAAACUAAAUUCACUCUACAACAAUUGCAGGAAAAUACGCAAAUUAGCUUAGAAAAUCUAAAACAGGUGCUGCAGAUUUUGAUGAAAGCCAAACUGCUUGUGUGUGCGGACGAUGAGAAUUCACUCAAUCCCAAUUCUGUGAUGGAGCUAUUCUUGGAUUAUAAAAACAAGAAGCUUCGCAUUAACAUCAAUCAACCGCUAAAGACUGAGCUCAAAGUGGAGCAAGAAGCCGUACAUAAACAUAUUGAAGAGGAUCGCAAAUUGCUCAUACAGGCAGCCAUUGUGCGCAUCAUGAAGAUGCGUAAGAAGCUUAAUCAUACCCAGCUAAUUACAGAAGUUCUCAAUCAGUUGGCGUCCCGCUUCAAACCUAAGGUGCAAGUGAUCAAAAAAUGCAUUGAUAUUCUAAUCGAAAAGGAGUAUCUAGAGCGUAUGGAAGGACAAAAGGAUACUUAUAGUUAUUUGGCUUAAAUGUUUUACUCAAAUCACUGAAAUCAGUGCGUAUACUCAAUCAGCAGUUGCACAGAAACAACUCGUGCAGGGGCGUUGAGAAUGAUUUCAUAUUUUAAAUUUUUAAUUUUUUUUUUUGUUAAAUUAGCAUUUUAACCAAUUUCAAACUUCACGCAACGCAUGUUACAUUCAAAAAUAAAUACGAAUAAGUUAACUAAUUGAACGCAUGACAUUUGCAAUUAUUGAAAAAACAAUAAUUCUAUUUUGAUUUUUCAAUAUUAUUCCAAAAAAUAAAAAUCACGCUCAUGUCAUUCAGUUUAUUUUGAAGCAUUAUAUCUUUUUGGGCUUUCUAUUUGUUUUUAAUCAUAACAUCCAUUGGAUAUGUAAUGCAAAUAAUAAAAUAUAAAAAAUUAGCAA